UAGGUACAUAGACCUUGGUAUCUGCAUCCUCAGAACUGUGUCUACCUCACAGAAAUCUGGUGCCUGACAAAGUGGAAAUUCUGCUGCCAUGAGCCCUCCAGCUGCGAACCCCAAGAUUCUGUAUCGAAAUUCCCGCCUUCUCCGUAUGGUGUUCCUGCAGCUCCAUCGGCAACAGAGAGCUGACUUAUUUUGUGAUGUUGUCCUACAAGCAGAAGGGGAAGCUGUUCCAGCUCACUGUUGCAUUCUAUCAGCCUGCAGCCCUUUCUUCACAGAGCGUUUGGAGCGAGAAAUGCCCCCCAAAGGACAUAAGGUGGUGCUAGAGAUCCGGGGGCUGAAAAUUGGGACUUUACGUAAGCUGGUGGAUUUCCUCUACACCUCUGAGAUGGAGGUGUCCCGGGAAGAAGCCCAGGAUGUUCUUGCAGCUGCACGGCAGCUUCAGGUGUCAGAGCUGGAGUCACUUCAUCUAGAGGGAGGAAAGUUGGUCAAAAAAUCCCUGGGCCCUCGAUUAAAUCGGGAUUGCCUACAGCUAUCUAGUCCAUUAUCCAUCCCAGAGUUAACGCUGUUGCAAUCUCCACCUGCCUGCUGUGGUAGUUCCUUGACAUCAUGGCUAUCUUCAAAGAAGCAGCAUACUGUAGUGAAAGUUCCAUGCACCAAGGAAAUGGAUAACAAUAGCAGCAUUGUCCAGAAAGCUGUCAAGAAGGGAAAACCAGAAGCAUUGAUGAGUGGGAAUGAAGAGCAGAUGCCUAAAGAUCCAGCAGUUACCACCGAGCCCCUUAGAACUAAAGUUAAAAAACGUCUUACAGGCAUGGGAAAGAAUAUAUUAGGCAAUAAUGAGCAUGAGAGUUUGCGGACACAGGAUGGAACUGGUGAUAGCCAAGCUACAACCAGCUUGCAAGAGUCAAAAAAGAUUAAGCUCAGUCGCUCAAAGCUCUCCUCAUCACCUUUGCCCGUACCAUGUGCCAUCAAAGACUCUAGCUCUGUGGAAUCCAGCAAACCCUCAAGGUCCACCAGACGCCACUGGAGGCAGAAAAGUCUUCCAAUCAAAGAUGAGCAGAAAGAAGCAGAAGAUAGCCAUUUGUAUGGUUUCUGGAGCCCGCCUCUUCCUCCAGAGGCUGCUAAGAGCAGAAAGCGCAAUGCCAGUGAACCUUGUGUAAACCAUCCCCAAAAGGCAGGGCAAAUUGGCCGGGUAAGGCUCAGAAAAGUUAUCAAUGGCAGCUGCUGGGAGGUGGUGCAGGAAUCUCCCUCAGCUCAGGCCAGCAGACCAGCAAACUUUGUGUGUGCUGUGAAAGAGGAGGGCUCUCAGUCUCCGUCCAGGCAUCCUGAGCCGGAAGGAGUAGAUGCACAACAGUCAGUCACCUCAACUAGAUGGCUGCCAACAAAACAGGAAAGUCCACCUCUUAAUGAGAAGAAACUGGGAGAACAAGCUGAGAACAAGGUAUCCUUGGAAGAUGGAGACCCUUAUAAAUUGGAUCUGUUUCUGCUAGACCAUCUGACGGAGGACGAGCAGUAUGACAAGCUGGCUUCAGCUGGUGAGUUGGAACAUAUGCUUGAUUUGCUUCUGGCAGAUGGUGGUGAUGCUGUUGAGGAGCAUCAAGAGGCCACCAUUCCAGAAGGUAUGAAUAUUUUAUGGCCUGCAAAUGAGAAUCCACUAGAAUGUGCUGAAGUCGAAAGAAAAGAUAUGUGCUCUCCAGAAGUCUCUGACUGUCCUCUAUGGGUCAAGACCAAAAACAGUCUCCUAAAAGGGGAACUGGAGGCUAUUGACAUGAAGAUCAGCAGAGAAACUCAUGGCUCAGCAAAUGGGAGUCCCUUGCUAGACCCUGUUCCCGGCUACUUUCCAUUUGUGAAGUCUGAAACCAGCAGUGACUGUUUUACUUGGUACAAACCAGCUUCUCCCCAACUGGAUGAUUGGACAGCUCAGCAUCAACUGUCCCUUUCAGAGAAUAUGCCUGCAAACCUUGGUGAUCCUUUGCCCAUCACUUUGGCAGACAAUGAAGACCGGGGUUUUUUGUCCUAUGAAGUGGGUAUCUCUGGAGCCGAAACACAGCUCCAUGCUCAGACAUUGCUGAAAAGUCCUUUGCAACACCACUUGGGCUGUAAGGUGCCUCCAUGCUUGGAAGAGGAAGAGAUAGAUGUCGGUGGGGUAGACGAACUCUUGGUCAGCAUUGAAUGUGUCAGGCCAGAUCCCUCUCCGGUGUCUGAAACCGAGGUGGAUGUUGUGAACUAGUGAAUGCAGACCAUGGGAAGGAGUUGCCUUGACUACCCAAGGGCUGUGAGGGGUCAGGCCUGAUGUCAAAGGUCUGCUGGUCAGGCUAAGAAGGGCCCACUGCUACCCUGCGCACCUCCAUGCCAAUAGGAUCCCAUCGGGCAUUGCUGCUGCUACUUGCUGCCAUUGGCUCAUUAUCCCUCUCCCUGGAUAUAUUUAUCCUGGAGGCAAGAGCACUUGUGGUUAAAGGGGAGCCUCAAGCCUCUGUUGGGCAGCCGCUUUGCCAAGUCUCCCAAAAUGCAAAGUAUGUGAGGACCUUGGGGGACAUUCAGCUGCAGGCCAAAACUGAACUUAGACUUGGCUGAGACAUCUUCCCAUCUGAAAGCGGGAAGCCUGCAUCUAGGGAAAUGGGGAUGAGUGUGUGAUGGAGUAAGCAGCAUUGCCAGGCCUCAUCGCCGUCACCUUUCUCUUGGGACCCUCUGGACUGUUGGACUUCUUUGGUGUGGUGGUAAUGGUGAGCUACAGUGCACCCUUUAACUUAGCUCUCUCCCCUGGUUUUGCUUUCUUGCUUGCCCAGUGCAGUGCACUUCUCAUUUCAGCCUGCCAUCGCCUCUCUUCCACACAUGACCACCCCCUCCCUCAUGGACACAGGUGACGAUGUCUACUGGCUGAGCCUCUCAAUUGCCAGGCUGCCCUGCUAGAAAAGGUGGAGAAGAAAAAAACUAACACACACUGGCAGGAGAGGAGAGGAGGGUGCCUCAAAGUAGGGGCAGCACCACCAUGUCAAGGUCUCCUAAAAGUCUGGUCCUACGUGGGAUAAGACUUCAGUGCCACACUUAAAAUCCUUGAUGGGGCUGCGGUAAACAAAUAGAUUUAUAGUAUCUUACCGUGCUUUUGGAGUGCUGAGGGGAAAGUGCCCCCCCCCCAGAAUUCCAAGUGGUGGGGGUUAUUUUACUAUCAUCACCCCUCAGCUUUAUCUAAUCAUGACUGUUAUGUUUAGUUUUCUGUACAGUGCAGGCUGGCAGGAUUCCUGGUCUGCUUUAUAGGAUAGGUAGAAGCUAGAUACUAAAAAAAGUGGAACCCCUAGCAGUGGUUCUGUCAAAAAGUAAGCAAAUCUUUGUGGUGGGGAAAGUCCUUUUCAUGCCCUAAAACUGCACAUGAGCACUGUCUCAGUUCUAUUUAUAGCAGGAGGGCCACCAGUUCCCCAUCCUUGCUUUAUAUCUCUUUCCCCCCCCACACCCCAAUAAUGAAGGAGGGUAUAGCUGCCCCAAGGUGAGCAAAAAGGGCUUUCUAAAUACACAGGAAGUGUGGCACUCACAAUUCAGUGGGCAAAGUCAGUUAUGCAUUCUAGGGUAACCACAGAGUGAUGGUGUUCUCAGUGACUCAAACAUUUACA